AUGCGGGCUAAGGGCGCCGCUGGAUCCGAGAGUUCCGAAGCUGGCCCCAUGAAUCCGAUGAUGGCUAUGGCUCAGAUGAUGCUGGAGACGCAGAAGAAAUUGAAGGAAGCCCAGGACAGGAUGAACAAGGUGUCAGAAGUCACUGGCACUGGAAGCUCCUCCUCUGGUGGCUGUCCGAUGGGCGGCAACUGUGGUGGCGGCUGCGCUGGUGGCUGUAGCGCUUGUGGCGGAGGCUGCGGCAGCUGCUACGGCGAUGGCUGCGGUUGCGGCGGCUGCGGCGGCUGCGGCGGCUGCGGCUGCUGCGGCGGCUGCGGCGGCUGUGGAGGCUGCGGCAGCUGUGGUGGCUGCGGCUGCUGUGGCGGCUGCGGUUGCUGUGGAGGGUGUGGCGGAUGCGGUGGCU